AUGAAUCUGAAAUUUUAUAACUUAAUUUUUUUUAUUUCAUUUUUAAUAUGUUGUAUACAUGGGCAAAGGUACUUACCUGUUGAAGGAGGAAAAUGUGAAAAAUAUAUAGGAGAUGGGGAUAGUGGAAAAAGGAUUUGUAAUGGAUACUUGGCUAACCCUGAUUCAGUAUAUGUACAUAAUAAAACCCAACAAGAAACACUAAAAGAUUUAAGAAGUUUAAUUAAUCUUUUAGAAUUAAAUAAUCCUAGUAAAGAAUGCAUAAAUCCAAGUAAUUAUAAGAUUAUGUGUGCAAUGAUGUUUCCAGAGUGUAUUGAAAUAAAUGGAACAAAUAUAGUGAAACCUAUCACAUUACCAAUUUAUACAUGUAAUAGUUUUUGUAAAGAAGCAUUAGUUACAUGCUCAGUUCCUAAUACAAUAGCAUCAUGUGAUGGUGGGACAAAUCUACCAAUUCAACUUCCAUAUACACCAAUUGAAUGGGUUAAAUAUAAUCUAACUAUUUAUGGAGGCGUUGAUGAUUAUAGAGUAAAUUGCACAGAUCCAACACUAAUAAGCGACAGUGGUAGUAGUAGUGAAAUAGAAGUUGGUUGUGUUGAACCCUUAAUUAAAAGACCGACCAACGAUACCAAAGGUGAUUUGGAGAAAGGCUAUUUCUAUGUUAAUAGUCAAUGUGUAAUAAAUUGUCCAGUAACGGGAAUGCAUCCAAAAUCAGUUUGGAAUCAAAUUUUCAAGAUUAAUGAUGUAUUAUCGAGUAUAUCAUUAGCAUGUACAUUGAUUCUAUUAUUUACAUUUGGAAUAUUAAAUCCAAAAUUAAAUAGAUUUGAUAAAAAGAAUUUAUUUUUCAUUGCCGGUGUAUUUGGAAUGUCAGUUUCAGGUGUAUUAAUAGCAGCCAAUGGUUCAGAGAAAACUGUAUGUCCAACACCUGAAAGAUAUGCUGUUAAUACCGAUAGAGUAUGUGUUGCAUCUGGAUUUUUAGUACAUUUCUCCGCUUUAUUUGCAAUUCUAUGGUGGACUAUUGGUUUAGCAGAUGUUUAUUAUGGAAUUAAAUUUGUUGGAAAAAAGAUUAAAAUUAAGGUUCGUUACUAUCUUUUGGCAACAUUAACUAUAUCAUUGGCAUUUACAUUGGUUCCAUUAGGUACUGGCCAAUAUCAAGCUGGUCUUUCAAAUGUUAUGUGUUUCCUAAAGGAUGAAAUUUAUCAAUCAAUGACAUUUUUUGUACCACUUGGUAUUUGUUUAACCAUGGGUACAAUAUUAAUGAUAUUAGUAAUGAGAGAGAUUUAUGUAAUUGUAAAAUCAAAUUCAACUUCUUCCUCCUUUUCCUCCUCCUCCUCCAAAUCCAAAUCCAAAUCCAAAUCUUCAGAUUCAAUAUCAUAUCUUAAACUUCAAGUUAAACCAAUGUUAAAUAUUAUAUUAUUUUAUUUUACAUUUCUUUAUCUUUUCCUAUUUGUUCGUGUUAUCAAUAGUAGAUAUCAAGAAUAUGAAGAUUCAGCAAUUCCCUAUAUGCUUUGUUUAGCAAAAGGCGGUGGUGACUCUUGUCGAUUAAAAGGUCCAUCUGCUGGUUCAUUAGGUUAUUUCGCAUAUUGUUUACGUAUCUAUGGUAUUUAUCUUUUCAUAAUUUCUUUCUUAUCAUCUCGUACCAUAAAGAUUUGGAAAGAAUCAAUCAUUUUAAAUAAUGCUUUUGUUACUCCAAUCAUUAAAUUCAUUGAUUCUUCCUUCAGUAAUAGAUUCUCAUCAAGUAAAAAUACCUCUACUACUCAAAAUUCAACUUUAAAUAAUACUGAAAGUGAUACAAGUAAACGUGGUAAUUCUUCUGCUGUUUCCAUAAAUUUAGAAUCUAGAAAUUAUAAUACUGAUGAUGAUGAUCUUUAA